AUGAAAAUAUGCCAGUACGGGCAUGUUAUGGAAGGUAAUGUCGAAAUCAAUGAUGAUCAGGAUGAGAACUUCGUUUCGACGCGGAGAUUGAAUCUCCAGUUGGAUAACGGGGGGUUUUCAAUAGCGCUGCAGAAUAUCGCAACGCGACAAGAAACCUCGAAGAAAGUGUAUGGAACGAAUGGGAAAAUGUUGUAUUGGAGGUGCUUGCAGGUGCUCUUGAAGAAGCAGGUUGAUAUUUUCCAAAUAUUGUUCCCGUAUGAUGCUGGAGAAUUGGUGCUGGUGGUCAGGCUUUACUGGUUAAAGUACAUGACUGCUAGAAUCAGCGAUGAUCCACAUGCUAAGGUUCCUACUGCACUUGAUUUGAUUUCUAUCAUAUAUUUAGCUAUAUUCAAGUUGCGAGGAUAUCCCAUAUAUGUGUGCGAUAUUAUUCAUGCUCUUAAAGAAAAUACGAUCCCAUACAUGAAAUGCCUUCAUUUAAUACCGAAUUCGUAUUUAGAACAGCUUCCGUCGUAUUUUUUGAAAUGCUUGGAACCUUACAAGUUGCCCUUGACUAACGAGCUCUACGAUGCCAUCCUCGAGAAUGGAUUGAAAAUAUGCAGUGAUGAACAGGCCUUAGAAGUUCCAUUUAACUACUAUUACCCAUUGAUAUUCAAGGUUUUUUCAGAAUUGCUUGUAUUUCCCAACGCCCCUAGUCUCUUUCACAUUUGCAAUAAUCUCGUGAACAAAUUAGAUCACAAGUUUCAAAUCUCAUUUAGCCAUAAGGCAGACAAGUUUCCUGAACUUCAGGCCAUUUCUUACGCCAUAAUGACCGUCAAGAUAUACUUUAUUUACUACAAUGAAAUAGAUUAUACUAAAUGGCUUGAAAUAUUGACAAAGUAUGAACUUAAUACAGAGUUCCAUUUUGCCAAUAAGCAAAUUAAUGAUGACGAGUUACUUAACUGGUCUGACUUCAAAAUAGAUAAAUACUGUCAAUGGCUUUACGAUAAUGUUGUGUCUGAAAAAAGCGAAGACGAUUUAUCUGUCAUGGACAAGAGACUAUAUCAAAUCUUCAACCUUGAUGAAUCAUUAAGUUCUUCAGGUACCAAGAGAAAGUUAGACAAUGAGCAGGAUAAUGAUCCUACUUUCAUUCCACUUAGUCAGUACCUCGAAGAUGUAGCAUCAAAUAAUGUUGGCUCAAAGAUCAAGGCUACUGAUGUGCGAGUAAUUGAGAAUAAGCUAUUUGAAAAGUUUACAAAAACAUUCGGUAUUUCCAAAAAGUUAUUGACAAGCUGCUAUGAUUCAGCUGAACUUGAGAUCAAGCAAAAACUAGUCAAGUAA